AUGAUACCUAUCGGUUUAAGUUUAUUUAUAACUUUUCCUAGUUAAUUUAAUAUAUUUAAUGAUUUAUUUUAUAUAAUAUAUUUCAUAUUUAUAAAAAAAAAAUUUGAAAAAAACACUUCCAACUUUCGUUUUAACUAAAUAAAGUCUUGUGCAGACUUAGUUUUGAAUUCACACACAAUAAUAAAUUGCCCUUCAAUAUAAAAUGAGAAUAGUAAAAAGAUAAAAUCAUUAGUAACAUAGGAUUAUGCUUUUAGUUUUAAAAGUUAGGAUUCAAUAAGUCAAAAUAUUAUUUAAGAAGAAAAUAAUAAUAAUGAAGUAAAUGAUAUUGAAGUUAUUAAUAAAAAUUAGUUGAGUUAAAAAAAAAAAAAUAUCUUUUAUAGUUAAAGCUUAAAUAAUAAAAUAAUAUAAUCAAGCAUUUUAUAAAAAGAAAAUGAAAAUAUAAAUGAGGGAGGUUAAAAUUCACCUCCAAAUAAAAUUUUUAAAUACAUUAAAGAUAUUAGUUUUUCUAUUCAAAAGCUAAAGAAUUAAAAUAUUUAGGGAGAGAGGGAUAAUAUAAGUUUUUUGAAAAAUAAUGAAAAUAUAACAUUUUAAGAUAUUCAAAUAAAUAAUGAAAAUAACAAUAUAAGUUAAAUAAUUGAAAAUUAGAAAAAUAAAAUAAAAUAAAAAUCUAUUAUUUAAUAAGAGACAUUCCAGUAUAUUACAGCAAAUAUAAAUGAUAAUAAUAAUGAAAAUAAUAAUAAAAAUAAAAAUGAAAAUAAUAAAGACAAAAAUAGUGAUGAAAAUAAUGAAAAUAUUGAUAAUAAUAAUAAUAAUAAUGACAAAAAUAAUGAUAAUAAUAAAGAAAAUUAUAAUAAUAAUAAUAAUAAUAAUAAUAAUAAUAAUAAUAACAAUAAUAUCAAUAAUAAUAAUAGUAAUAAUGAUAAUAAUGAUGUAAGUUCUUAAUAAAUAAAAGAUAUUUAAAGUGAUAAUUUUAAUUCUGAAAAUUCAGAAUAAAUAUAAUCUGAUAUAUAAUGCAAAACCUCAAAUAGAAAAUCAUUAUUUUAAAUACCCAACAAUUAAAAUAAUAACAAUAAUAAUGGUAGUGAUUUUGAUAGUAUUAGCUUUACCGAAAAGAAUCUUUCUUUAUCAAAAUUUCAAUAAAAUAACUAACAUUAAUACUAUAAUGAAAUAAAUUUAAUGAAUUUUGUAAUUGGAAAUAAUAAAUAAAUACUUGAUUUUUUAUUUGUUUUAGGAAUUUGUCAUGAUACAAAAACUAAAGGAGAUAGAUUAAGUAAAGAAAAUAAUCUCUUUAAUAUAUCUUUGUAAUAGGAUACUAAACACAUUCUUGAAUUCAUAUAAAAAUUUAAUGUAAAAUUCGAAUGCUCUUGCUAUAUUAAUGAACAAUUAUAUUAUAUUAUUUAAAUAAAUAAUGUAAGACAUAAAGUGUUAAUUUUCCAUAAGCUUUACUCUAAAUAAAUGUGUAUAAUUCUCGCACAAUACCAAGAUGAGAAAUUUCUUCUUAUUUAAGAUUAUUCAUAACGUAUACCUCAGUAUUUAUAAAAAAGCAUUAUCUGUUAAAAAUUAUAAAAGAAUAUUUAAAUUUAGUUAGAUAAAGGAGAAAACAUUAUUUUUUAUUCUAAAAUAAAUCUAUAAGAAUAAUUAAUGUAAUAAAUACUUAAUAAUGAAAAGUUGUUUGAAACUUAAGAAAAUUAAAUUGAAAACUUGCUUAAUGAAAUAUAAAUGUAAUAAAAUAUAUUUUAAUUUUGUAAUUUUAUAGGUUACAUAGGAAUAUAAUAAUAAUAUGAUGAAGAAACAAUAAAUUUAAUAAAAUAACUUAAAGAACAUAAUUAAAAAAUAUGGUUUUUAACUUCAAACACUUACAAUAACUCAGCAAGUAUAUUUUACAAAUUAAUAAAAUAAACUGAACUUGAUGAUAAUUAACCAAAAAAAAUAUUAAUAGACUUAACAAGUACUAAAAAAGAAGACCUAUAUUACAGAAUAAGGAAUCAAUUAUAAAUAUUUAAAUAAAAAUAUUAAAAUAAUAUCUAAAAAUAAACUGAUCAUAUUGCAUAAUCAAUCCAAAUAAAAAAAUAGCAACUUUAAAACAAUGCAGUAUCAUAAAAACUUACAGUAAAAAAUAUUUAAUAAAAACUAGAAUAAUAAAUAAAAAAGUAAUAUAAAUAUUAAUAAUCAAUAUAACAACCUUAAUACAGUUAUGUAAUUGUUCUGAAUGGACAAAGUUUAUAAUCAUUAAAAAAAGAUGAUUAUUUAUGGGACCAUGUAUGUUUUUUAAUUUAUUUUGCUCAAAAUAUAAUCGCAUAUUCAUUAAGCGAUUAAUAAAAAACUUUUCUAUCUCAAAUAAUAGUUACUUUAUUUAAAUAAAGUUAUAGUAUUUCACAUAUUUUGCAAUCAUUAAAUGACUGCGAAAAGUUAACUUUUUAACAAUAAAGCUUUUAUAUAAAACAUUAAAAUCAAGAGGAUGAAAUUAUAGGCCCUUUAGCGGAUAUUUUUGUAAAUAACUCAGAUGCAUUAUGCUAAAUUUUAUUUAGAUAAAGCCGUUUUUUUAGCGAAGUUACUGAAGAAAUAAUGUAUUUGACAUUAUAUAGGAGUUACUUAUUAAUUUUUAUGACAGUUUUAUGGAAUACAUUUAAUUGUGUAGUAAAUAUGCCUUUGUAUUCUCCUUAUUCGAUUUUAGUUUACCACUCAAUGCAUUUUUUCAACUCUGUAAUAUAUUAUUACAAUCGUAAAAAUAAAAAAUUCUAAAAAGAGCUUGUGCAAAUACAUAAAGGAUAUUUUUACAAAAAUAAUCCUGAAUAAAAACAUUAAUAGCAAUAUAGUAUUUCAUAGAUGCCAAUAGGAAUAAUUAAAAUAAUAAUAUCCUCAAUAAUAGAUGCAUUUAUGCUUUAUUUAUUUUAUUUUUAUUUAUGGUCAUUCAAUGGAUAUAUAGACGGAAUUGAAGUUUAAUCAAUAAUGAUGUAUUACGCUACUUGCACAAUUACUGUAUGUAAAAAUUUCGAAUUAAAUUAUUUUAAAUUAGAUAUUUAUUUUAUUAUUUUUGCGUUUUUUCAAGUUGUAAUUUUAGUAGUUUAAACUUUGCUUGAAUUUUAAAAUAAAUAAUCUAUUCUUAUCUCUAUUCUUUUUAAAAAUUAUGUCAUUUUUUAAUUCUUUAUUUUAAUUGCUGGAUGGUCCAUUAAAUCUGUUAUAGAAAAAUCAAUUCUCCAUCCAAAUCCCUUAGUUAUUAUUGGCCUAGAAAAAUUCCUUGAAAAACAUUACAAAUUUUCUUCCUAAGCAGGCUUUUUUAACAAUUCCAUUCCCAAAAUCAAUAUACUUAAUGUAAUCAGAAAUCUAUUUAAAGAUAAGAAAAUGGAUAUUAUUUUAUCAUCAAUGCUUAUUUAGGAAGAUGUGAAUACUAAUUAAGCAUAAAUGUAACGCUUUACUUUGAAAUUUGAAAUUAAGGAAACUGAAAAUGCUUAUAUUAAGUAUUUAGAGUAACUUAUUUUUAUCAGAAAUAUUUAAAUAUAUAUUAUUAUAUUUAUUAUGUUCGAUAUUGCUUAUGAUUUAUUAAUACUUACUAAAGCUACUAAUGAGUUCUCUAGUACUGGGUAUGUUGUUUCUUAUGGAAUUACUGCCACUUCACUUUUCUUAUUAACUGCAUUAUCUACUACUAAAUAUUGUUAAAGCUAAUAUGUUUCUCAUACUUCUUUUUUGUAAUAUUUUUUUAUUCUUUUAUUUUUAAUAUAAAAAUAAUAAUAAAGCUAAUAAUAAUUAGAAGUUUAAAAUAUAUACUUUUAAUUUAAUUCAAAUAAAUUAUAAGUCCUCCAUAGGAAUUAAUUAUGUAUAUUCUAACUGGUUGUGUAUGUUUAAGAUUUUAGCAUCAAUACGUCUUAAUUUAAGCAAUAUUAUUAUUAUUUUCAUAUAUUUCAACUAAAAGAUAUCCUUUCAAUUUUACUCCCGAAAUUUAUCCGUGAUAAAAUAGAGAAUAUGAAAUAAGGUGAAUACAAAGUAUAGCAAAAAUAAAACUGUGUAGUGAUAAUAUUCUGCGAUAUAUGUAAUUUCGACGAUAUAAUUUCAACAGAAUAAGACAAUACAAUAAAAAUCCUUAAUAAAUUAUAUCGUCAAUUUGAUAUUUAUUGUGUCUAAAAUGGCCUUUAGAAAAUCGAAACAGUAGGUAAAACUUAUAUGGCAGCAGGCGGAAUUUCUGAUGUUGAAAAACUCCUCAAAAACGAGAGUUAAAUUUACAAUAUCCCUAUAGCCGUUAGGGCUUUAAAAUUUGCUUUUGAGCUUCAAAAAAUUACAAAAUAAAACUAAAACUUAACCAAACUUAAAUCUAUUGUAAUUAAAAUAGGAAUUCAUUUGGGACCUGCUAUAGCUGGAGUUAUUGGUUAUCAUAAACCUUAGUUUUCUCUUAUUGGAGAUACUAUAAAUACUACAAGCAGAAUUUGCUCUACUGGAGCUUAUGAUAAUAUUACUAUUUCUAAAGAAUUUCAUGAUAAAGUCAAAGAUAUAUAAGGGUAUUUUUUUAAAUUAAUUGAAGUCGAGGCAAAGGGAAAAGGCAUUUUGAAAACUUAUCAGGUUUUUAAUAAAAAAACGCUUUAAAAAUAAAAAAAAACCAUGCAUAAUUAAUAAUAAAUAUAACCCGGUUCUCAUAUUGCUAAUAGCCCUAAGAAUUCUCCUAAUCAAACAAAUACAAACACGCCUGAUAAUAAAAAUAAAAAUAAUGAAAUAAAAGUUAAUGAUUGCAAAGUAACAAAUAAUAAUAAUAACGUUUGUAAUAAUAACAGCACUAUUAUAAAUGCAAGCAAUAAUAUUAACAAUAAUUUAAAAAUAUCUCUUUUAAUCAGCAAAAAUAAUAUUAAUAAUAGUGAUGCUAAUGAUAUUAAUAUUAAUAAUAACAUCAAUAUUAAUAAUAAUUAAAAUUAAAAUAAUAUGUUUAAAAUAAAUAAAUUAAGAGUAAAUUUUUCUAAUCCCCAAAAAUCGGAAGAAAAUGGAAAUCUAAACUUUUAAUUAAUCCAAAAAUUAGGAGCAGGUAUAGAAGUAUUCAAAAAAAUUUAAAGUUGUGUAAAAAAUGCAAUUACCUAAAAUAGAUAUAUAUAAUAGUUUCGAAAUAUUAAUUUAUAAAGGGAUAAAUCAUAUGGAAGCACUGCAUUAGUAUAAAACAAGUAUAUAUUAGAAAUAGAAAAAGAAUUAAACGAAAAAAUUGAUAUUGAGAAAAAAAAUAUUGAACUAUAAACAUAUUACGCAACAAUCCAAAAGCAAAAUGAAAAAAGCAGAUCAGUAAUAAAAGAUGAAGACGAAAUAAAAUUCAUAAGGCAUCAAUUAAACUCAAAAUAAAAUAAAAAAGAUAAAAAUAUAAGCCUUGUCUAGAAUCAAUUUCUAAAUACCACAAUAAUAAAUCAGCAUAAAUAAAUAGUAUUAUCAAUAAUAGUUGUUUUUUUAUUUUUUUUAAUAAAAUUUGGAAUAUAUGGUUCAUAUAUUCUUUAAAUCAGAAUAACAAUUUAAGGAGUUGACCUUAAUCAAAUUCUGGGACUUGUAGGAGCCUAAUUUCUCCUUUUUUUAAUCAUAUUAAUUUUUUGCAAAAAAAUAAUAUAAAGAAAGAUUAUUUUAAUUUUUUUUUAUAUAAAUCAUCUUUUCCUAACCACUUUUUUUCAUACUGAAAUAUCUAAUCUUUUUUAUGAAAUCGAUAAAAUCGAACAUAUAUCCCAAAAAAAAGCGGCUCAUAAAAAUUAGGCAGUAGAGUAAAUACUAGUACCUGCUCAUUUUCUCUUUGCCUUAGAAUUGAUGGUACUAUACAUAUUUUUUGCUUCAAUAAAAUCUUUCCAAAUGUCAUAAAAAAUUAUUAUUUUUUUGCUUAGUUUAAUUAGUUAUUUUUUAUAAUCAAUAACUCCUGUAAAAUUUGAUUUAUAAAUAGUAUAUUUUAUUCUUUUUACAGGUAUAAUUCAUCUUUAUUUAGAAUAUUAUGCAAAUUUAAAUGAAGCAACUAAUUUUGAUAAUAUAUAAAUUCUAGAAUAAAAAAGAGAAGAAGUCGAUAAACUUCUUUAAAACCUUCUCCCUUAGCAUAUUUUGGAUUAGUUUUUAAAUUAAAUGAAUAGAGAAUUGCCUUUAGUCUGUGAAACUCUUGAAAAUGCUACUCUAUUGUUUGCUGAUAUAGCAGGUUUUACAAAAUAUUCAAGUAUGAAUGAACCUAUUAAAGUAGUUAAUAUGUUGAGACAAUUAUUUACAGAUUUUGACAAUAAGUGUGUUUCUAGAAAAGUUUUUAAGUUAUAUACUAUAGGUGAUUGUUAUGUAUGCUUCGGUAUUAAUAAUAAAAAUUAAAGAAAUCCAGCUGAAGAAGCUCAUAAUGUAAUUUAAUUUGCUUUUGAUAUGAUUUAAAUUAUUUAAGAAGUUAGAAAACAUACUGAUUGUUAAUUAGAAAUGAGAAUUGGCAUUCAUACUGGCAAAAUAUAUGCAGGUAUUGUUGGUACUGAAAUUGUUAGAUAUGACGUAUAUGGAUUAGACGUUCUUAUUGCUAAUAAAAUGGAAUCUAAUGGCACUAAUGGAAGAGUUAUGAUUAGUACAAGCACUAAAAAUAUAAUGGAAGAUAGUUAUUAAGAUGAAUAUAUAUAUACAUUUAAAGAAGCUGUUUAUGUUAAACAAAUCGGAAUCAGUAUUAAUGGGUAUUAUGUUGAUAAUAAAAGUUAAUAUUCUAUUACAAAUGAGGAACUUAUUUAGUGA